AUGGCGCUGGGCCUGGAGCAGGUCGAGGAGCAGCGCUUGUACCAGCAGACCCUCCUGCAGGACGGGCUCAAGGACAUGCUGGACCAUGGCAAGUUCUUGGACUGCGUGGUGCAUGCUGGGGAGCGCGAGUUCCCGUGCCACCGCCUGGUGCUGGCCGCCUGCAGCCCCUACUUCAGGGCGCGCUUCCUGGCCGAGACGGAGCGGGCGGGCGAGCUGCGCCUGGAGGAGGUGUCCCCGGACGUGGUGGCCCAGGUGCUGCACUACCUGUACACGUCGGAGAUCGCGCUGGACGAGGCGAGCGUGCAGGAGCUGUUCGCCGCGGCGCACCGCUUCCAGAUCCCGUCCAUCUUCACCAUCUGCGUGUCCUUCCUGCAGAAGCGCCUGUGCCUCGCCAACUGCCUGGCCGUCUUCCGCCUUGGCCUCCUGCUCGACUGCGCGCGCCUCGCCGUGGCCGCGCGCGACUUCAUCUGCGCGCGCUUCGCGCUCGUGGCGCGCGACGCCGACUUCCUGGGGCUCUCGGCCGACGAGCUCAUCGCCAUCAUCUCCAGCGACGGCCUCAACGUGGAGAAGGAGGAGGCGGUGUUCGAGGCGGUGAUGCGGUGGGCGGGCGGCGGCGACGCGGAGGCGCAAGCGGAGCGCCAGCGCGCGCUGCCCACCGUCUUCGAGAGCGUGCGCUGCCGCCUGCUGCCGCGCUCCUUCCUGGAGAGCCGCGUGGAGCGGCACCCGCUGGUGCGCGCCCAGCCCGAGCUGCUGCGCAAGGUGCAGAUGGUGAAGGACGCGCACGAGGGCCGCAUCACCGUGCUGCGCAAGAAGAAGAAGGAGAAGGAGGCCGCGGGGUCCAAGGCAAUGGACCAGGGCACGGCCAAGGCCAAGGGCGAGACUGAGAAAGAGACCGCUGAGGAGGAGGAGGGCGAGCGCGUCCUUCCCGGCAUCCUCAACGACACGCUGCGCUUUGGCAUGUUCCUGCACGAGCUCAUCUUCAUGAUCAGCGAGGGGGGCGCAGUGGCCUAUGACCCGGCCACCAAUGAAUGCUACUGCGCGUCCUUGUCCACGCAGAUCCCCAAGAACCACGUCAGUCUGGUCACCAAGGAGAACCAGGUCUUCGUGGCCGGGGGUCUCUUCUACAACGAAGACAACAAAGAGGACCCUAUGAGCGCCUACUUCCUACAGUUCGACCACUUGGACUCCGAGUGGCUGGGGAUGCCUCCGUUGCCCUCACCGCGCUGCCUCUUCGGCCUGGGGGAGGCUCUGAACUCCAUCUACGUGGUUGGUGGCCGUGAGUUGAAGGAUGGCGAGCUCAGCCUGGACUCGGUCAUGUGCUACGACCGGCUGUCGUUCAAAUGGGGUGAGUCAGACCCGCUGCCCUAUGCCGUGUACGGCCACUCAGUGCUAUCCCACAUGGACCUAGUCUACGUCAUCGGCGGCAAAGGUAGUGACAGGAAGUGCUUAAACAAGAUGUGCGUCUACGACCCCAAGAAGUUUGAGUGGAAGGAGUUGGCGCCCAUGCAGACUGCACGCUCACUCUUCGGGGCCACGGUCCACGAUGGCCGGAUUUUUGUGGCUGCUGGGGUGACUGACACCGGGCUGACCAGUUCCAUCGAGGUGUACAGCAUCUCGGACAACAAGUGGACGACCUUUGAGGCCUUCCCACAGGAGCGCAGUUCCCUCAGCCUCGUCAGCCUGGGGGGUGCCCUCUAUGCCCUCGGUGGCUUUGCCACGCUGGAGACCGAGUCUGGGGAGCUGGUCCCCACGGAACUCAAUGACAUCUGGAGGUACAAUGAAGAGGAACGAAAGUGGGAGGGGGUCCUGCGGGAGAUUGCCUAUGCGGCCGGUGCCACCUUCCUCCCCGUCCGGCUGAAUGUGCUGCGCCUGACCAAGAUGUGACAGCCGAGUGCCCAAGCUAAGCGCACGCCUGUCCCACGGCCACACGGGCCUGGCCUCCAGGCGGGGUGUCUGCAAGGGCCAGAGCCCACCUGGACCUGCAGUGUUGCCUGAGUGACCAUGCCUCCGGAAAGCAAAACAGCGGCCAGCUGGCAGCCUGGUCUGAGAAUUUCCAGGCCCCGCCCCGCUGUGUCUCCAUAGCUCCCCACCCCACCCACUCCCAGGUCUUCCUGGGUGAUGAGAUGGAACUGUAGGGGGCUGUCUGGGUUCUGCCCUGGCCCUGCCUCCACCUGGCUGGGUAUGCUGAGCACACUGUGAAAUAGGACC